AUACUAACUUGUGCUCGUCAGACAUCGGGACAUGGAAAGGAAAUAUAAGCGAAAAUCUGUAAACACUGUCUUCAGCUGCAUGCUAGCAUUCCUCCUUCACAAACUCUGCCUAUCUGAAAAAAUCUGUUCAGUUCCCUCAGAGCCGGUGACAAUUAAAGAGAACAACACAAUUGACACUGUUGUUGUCCGCAUUGACACAAAAACAAAGGAUGUCACACUGACUCUCACUGAGAACCCCGAGGGAGCCUUUGGCCUGAGGGGCUUCGAUCUGAUCCUGAAGAAACGGUUGGACUUUGAAACAAUGUUGAAUCCUGAGGAGCUCACAGUUCAUAUCCGCUGCAAUAAGACAGGCUUUAGAAGUAUCGCUUUGACCGUGCGUGUUCACAUUGAGAAUAUCAACGAUAACCCUCCUUCAUUUUCCCAGAGUGAAUACAGCCUAGAUGUGAAUGAGCUCACACCUGUUAAUACCAGUGUUGGCCUCAUUGAAGCAAAAGAUGCUGAUUCAGGGGUAUUAUAUUACACGAUGGAGCCAAGCGUGAACGCACAUUUCAGACUGGAGAGUAUGCACAAACCCAGCAUCCUCGUCAACAAAUUUCUGGAUUAUGACGUCAUCCAGCAUUUUUCAUUUACCUUGUUUGUGCAGGACACUCCGCCACCUUCCCUACCAGGCCAGCUCUCCUACACAGCCACGGCAACUAUAACAGUCCAUAUAAAAGACAUUGACAACCGUCCACCAUGGUUCCAACCAUGUAUGAGGACAACCCUUGGUACUGCAAAAAUCUGCCUGAGUGUUGGGUAUAAAGGCAAGGUUAACCUAACAGAAAGACAGGAUGGACCAUUACAGUUGCAGCCAGGUCCGGUCUACGCCAGAGAUGGAGACAAAAGCAGAAAUGAAGAGAUAAGUUACAAAAUUGUUCGAGGAAAUGAAGACAGUAUAUUUCAAAUAGACGAAAACACUGGAAACAUAACCAUGUUAAAACCUGCAGACAUUCCAGGGCCAAUAUUCCUCACGAUUGUGGCUUCACAGGUGGCCAACAGAGACCAGUUCGCCUCCACCUCAGUCAACAUAGAGGUGGUGAAAAAGAGCAGGAACCCGCCGAAGUUUGAGAGGGAGCGUUACGAUGCGUUUGUCUACAGCAACAACGGCCCAGAGAACAUGGUGCUUAGGGACAAGACUUCAAACAGGCCUUUCAGGGUCAGAGCCAGGGACGACGACUUUGCAAAUGGAAUAAAUCCUGACAUAAGGUAUGAAGUGCAAUACAGCAGCUACGUCAACAUAACCAUGGAUGGGUUUGUGCUCCUGAAAAAGGCUGUUCGGACCGACUCCUUUGCUUUGCAGCUCCGGGCUGUUGACGUGUCCACUGGGGAGUCAGGGACAGCGACCCUGUCCGUGCUUGUCUUGCCGCCCGUGGGAGUCCAGUCGCCGUCCGAGGGAUAUCGGGCCGGCGACAUGGCACUUCUUGGCUUUGUGAUGGCCGCCUUACUGGUGCUCUGCCUCAUCGUGAUUGGCUACCUCAUCUCCCGCCUGAAGAAAGCGAAUCCCGAUACGCUCAAGUUAUCUGAGUGUUUAGGACCGUGCCUGCCACUGACUGAGGUCAACAGGCCAAGGCCAAGAGACGGCAUGCAAUUCACCAAUGAUGGCUUCAUGAACGAGGGCAGCAACGGCGGAAGGCCAAGGGCCAGGAGGGCAGAGAAGAGAGACAGGAAGCUGGAAGCAGUGGGGAGGGUGAGAGUGACACCCCGUGACAGACCACGCCAUUGCAGCUCCUGCGGCAUGCGAACACAUUCCAACCACUCACACCAUGGCAGCCCGUCUGGCCGCAACAAGGCUCGCGGCACCAAGGACCAAGUCAAAUCCAUCCUGGCUAAAGGGAGGAGGCAGGACAGGCCCAAGACUGUGUGGUUCAAGGAGAGUGAGGAUUCAUCGGACAUCGAGGUAGAAAUCAUUCCCGACGACAUAGGGCUGAGGCACGACGAGGAGCUGGAAGAAGGGGAGGAGGAUUCGUCGUCUGCGGUUCAAAAGGCCAAUGAGGCGGAAUCAGGAGACCGGACUGUGAUGGAUAUCCAGGACUUGGACAGCCAGGAAGGAACUGCUUCUGAUCACAGAGAGCCCCUGUGCCCAGGCAAAAUGGCCCAGUGAGAGGCACAGAGAUCAGAAUCAGCGAAGCACAGCAACCUCGGCCUGAAGAGACUCAGUUCAGUUUUUCACAAGCUGACAAACAUAUCCGCCCACAUCUGAAGCUGUGAUGUGGUUCAAAGAAACACAUUCCUACAAACCCAAUUUACUGUUACAUUUGUAUGGUAUGACAAAAAGGAUUCACUUGUGAUUAAAUGCUGAAAAAUAACUAAACAGAUAUGGACCUAAGGGUUCACUGUUGUAAAUGUUUUUUUGUUUUUUUUAAAUGCUACACUAACAUGAAGAAAAGGUUUGGAGCUAUAACUAAAUCAUCAUUUCUGUUUUAGAUCAUAUUAUUUAUCAGAAAAGAAGGGAAGUACUAAACAGAUAUUGUUAAUCUUCUUUAUAUUUUUUAUCCAGUUUAAUUUCAAAGCUGUUCGUGAAUAAUAUUUUGUUGGCAUGAGUACAUCUGAAGAUUCUAAGAAUAUUUUAUAUAAUGUGAAAAUGUUACCAUGUAUAUGAAAAAUGAAAAAUAAAGCAAGGGAAGGCAUUCUA